AUGGAGGAAUCGAAGCAGCAGCUCUUGUUUCAGAUGCAGCAGCAACAACAGCGUCAACAACAGCUCUUUCUGAUGCAGCAUUUGCAGAAACAACAACAGCAGCAACAGGCGAUGCCGAUGUCGAUGUCGAGGUUUCCGUCGAACAAUCUCGACGCUAAUUUCCGUCCGCCGGGAUUUAUCCAGAACCGACCCGUAAACCCGAUUCUUCCGAGCUCUAACCUUAACCCGAAUUCCGGCCCUAACCUGUUCCAACAAACCAAUAACUUUCAGCAGCAACAGCAGCAGAAUGUGAACAGUCAGCAGAUGAUGAUGAUGAUGAUGAUGCAGCAGCAACAACAACAGCAGCAGCAGCAGAAAUCGAUGCGUCCGACGAAUCAAUUGGAGCUACAAUUCGCUUACCAAGACGCUUGGCGUGUCUGUCAUCCGGAUGUCAAACGACCUUUCGCUUCUCUCGAAGACGCUUGUGAAAGAUUGUUGCCUUAUCACGUCGCAGCGGAUUACGAAGCAGAAGAAGACGACAGGAUCCUCGAAUCGGACACGACAGGCGAGACAAUACCCCGGUGUCAGCAAUGGGACAACAACAUUGCAGCCAAGGUUGCGGAGUACAUGGCUACGUUUGAGAAACAAGCUGAAACAUUCAACAAGAUAACUCAGAAGAGAAGAAAUGGAGAGUUAAGAGGUGAGGAAAGGUUGAUGAUUGAGCAGGCUUUGAUGCAAGACGAAAGGCAAGCAUGUUUUGAGGUGAAGUCGGAGUUGGAUAGAGAGGUUAAGGCUCAGCAGGAGGCAAGGUUUAGAAUGACGGCUUUUGCGGCGGCUCAAGGAGGACAAGUGAAGGCAGAGUCGCACCAGUCUCAUCUGGCUUGUAACCCGUUGAGAGCUAAUGCGAUUGGGAACCAUGGAGAACAGAGACGUAACAUGAACCCUGAUGAGAUGAUGAUGAUGAUGAUGCAUGGAUGGGGUAAUCACAACAACAACAACAAUCUCAAUGGACAGAGAGAGGAGAAGGAGCCAUUAGAAGAUUUCUUGAAUGAUGAAGAGCAUGAGAAUGGAGAAACUGGUCAACGUGAGAGCUGGCGAGGCAAUGGGGAAUUUGAUUUGAAUACUCGGUAA